GUGUCUGUGAUCCCCUCACUUGUAGUGCAUUGUAUUCCGCCUUAUGUUACUGGGACAACACUAUAGGACACCUCACACCUUCCAAAACGGUACAAAAGCAACUUCUGGAACGUUAACAAAAAGUAUAUUGUGAAUCACUCCUUGAUCGUUUUGACAGUGUUUCUUUUGCAUAAAAAAGCGCCCUGGCAGUUUCGCUCGUUGAUUAAAACGUUGGCUUUAGUAUGGGUGUUCGGUUUCGGGCUUCAUCGGCGGCUGUGAUAUGCUUGCUGGUUGUCCUGCAGCGGACGGGCACAGCAUCAGCCGGGGGAGUGCCGUCCAACCUUACAGGCAUUUCAAACGCUGACCUUGGCGCAGCCGCUGUGUCAGACAAUUUCGUGACCAACAGUCAACUAGUAGUAGGCGAGGAACAGAAGGAUGCCGUCACGAUAGGCGCUGAUGAGCUGGUGGGUGGGGAGACGUGUCGGCUGAGCGGCCAUGUGGACGAGUGCUGCAACUGCACCUACCAGGAUGUAGACAGGCUGAACGCGCGGCUGCACCCGCUGCUGCGGCGGCUGGUGCGGACUGCAUUCUUCCGGUACUUCAAGGUGAACAUCUACUGCGACUGCCCGCUGUGGCCGGACGACUCCAUGUGCUCCCUGCGCGCCUGCUCGGUGUGCGAGUGCGAGCAGGAGGAGGUGCCGCAGCCGUGGCGGCAGCAGGAGGAGGAGGGAUUCUGCGACACGAACACAUGUGCUGCCGAGCUGGACGGGCGGGUGAACAGCAGCAUGGACCGGGACACGGCGGCCCGCCUGCUCAACCUCAAGGGCUGGCGCGGUUUCAACAACCCCUGGAUGUCGGAGCCCGAGGGCGCCAGCGAGGAGGAGUACCUGUACGUCAACCUGCUCAUCAACCCGGAGAGAUACACGGGCUACGCGGGUGAGCACGCGCACCGCAUCUGGAACGCCAUCUACAGCCAGAGCUGCUUCCAGAACCCCGCUGCACCACCACCACCUGCACCAGCAGCACUAGCAGCAGCCACCGGCGCCGAGCUCGACUCUGAGGCGGCGGAGAACGGCACAGCGCUCGCACCCACCCCCUCCCCCUCCUCCUCGGAUGGCAGCGCUGCUGCUGCCGAGGGCGCCGGCGAGUGGUGCCCCGAGAAGCGCGUGUUCUACCGGCUGAUCAGCGGCAUGCACGCCUCCAUCUCCGCACACAUCUCCGCCAACUACCUGCUGGAUGAGGAGCGGGGCGUGUGGGGACACAACCUAACAGACUUUAGGCACCGCCUGGGCACCCCCGCGCUGCGCUCCCGAGUGGAGAACCUGUACUUCGCCUACCUGUUCGUGCUGCGGGCGGUGAUGAAGGCGGGGCCGCUGCUGGCGCGGUACGAGUACGACACGGGGCUGGCGGGGGAGGACGCGGAGACGGCGGAGCUGGUGAAGCAGCUGGUUGGCUCCCCCGACCUGGGCUCCGCCUGCCCCAUGCCCUUCGACGAGGGGCGGCUGUGGAAGGGUGGCGAGGGCCUGGCCCUGCGCGAGGAGCUGCGGGGCGCCUUCGUGAACAUCACCCGCAUCAUGGACUGCGUGGGCUGCGAGAAGUGCAAGCUGUGGGGCAAGCUGCAGACGCUAGGUGUCGCCACCGCCCUCAAGGUGCUCUUCAGCUCCUCCGACUGCUCCGGCGCGCUGCCCACCUCGCCCGCCCUCUCCACGCUGGUGCUGGAGCGCAACGAGGUGAUCGCGCUGGUCAACCUGCUGGAGCGCUUCUCAGCAAGCAUACAGUACUACAAGGAGCUCAGCGGGGAGCUGCAGGAGCAGCAGGGGGCGGAGCGGGCGCCGUUGGCGGUGGGGG